GUACUUUAGGCACAUCCGAGAUGACAAAGAUGUCUUCGUUUUGUUAUUCGCAAAUUACAUAAGUAGAAAACAACUUUCCUUAGUCCUUGACAGGUUUUAUUAAAUUUAGUAGAUGUGUUCUCAUUGAAAUCUAAAAGUGACAUGGAUCGCAUAUUCAAGCUAUCGGAUCAAGAAAAAGAAAUCGUUAAAGAGAUAAGAAGGAAGAACUUUUACAGUGCUGUUGUUCCAUUAAGUUUAGGUAACAUAAUUAUCUGCAGAAUGUUAAUUGUUAGAGGAAGGAUUUCAUCAAAGUAUAGCCUACUUAAAUACACAGGUGCUGUGACGUUAGGUUUUAUGAUAGGGAGAGCAUCUCUUCCAGGCCAAAUAGCCAGAGAGCUAGCGUUACGUUGCCCGGAAGGUGAAUUUAUGAAACUGAAUGAAAAAAUGAAUAACCUAUCGGCUGAAGAAAGAAGAAACCUUCUUACAAAAAUAAGGAAAGGUGAACAAGUAUCACCGGAUUUAUUGGCAGGAUUCCAGCCAUCACCACAAGAUGCUGAACAAACAAGUACCACAGAACCUGUGUUUGAAUCCACAGAUCAACAAGCAAGUGGCGAACAACCUCGAAAGACAGAUUCUGAUAAGCCUUCAUUUUCCUAUGCUGAACAGAGGGGAAAUUAUAAUAAUAGUGCUUCAAUAAACAAAA